GUAUCAAAGAAGAACUUGAUGGAGAUAGUGAAGAAACUGAUGAUUCACGUGGAUAAAGCUGAAGGGACAACGUAUCGGGACGAGCUGUUGACCAAAAUCAUAGAUAUUUGUAGUCAAUCCAAUUAUCAAUAUAUCACAAACUUUGAAUGGUAUAUAAGCAUCCUGGUGGAACUGACCCGACUGGAAGGCACGCGGCACGGGCAUCUCAUCGCGGCUCAGAUGCUGGACGUCGCUAUCCGAGUUAAAGCUAUUCGGAAGUUUGCAGUCUCUCAGAUGGCCAUGCUCCUGGACAACGCUCAUCUCAUAGCCAGCAACGCCCAGAGAAAUGGGAUCUGUGAGGUGCUUUAUGCUGCUGCUUGGAUAUGUGGGGAGUUUUCUGAACACCUGGAGGAAGCAAACCAAACUUUAGAAGCUAUGUUGAGGCCUAAAGUUACGACUCUACCAGGCCACAUCCAGGCAGUUUAUGUCCAGAACAUGGUGAAGCUCUAUGCGUCCAUCCUGCAGCAGAAAGAGCAAUCUGGGGAAAAGGAAGCAGCCCAAGAAAUCACACAGCUGAUGAUUGAGCGUUUGCCUCAGUUUGUGCAGAGUGCAGAUCUAGAAGUUCAGGAGAGGGCUUCUUGCAUCUUACAGCUAAUAAAAUACAUUCAAAAGUUACAAAUAAAAGAAGUACCUGUAGCUGAGGAAGUAAUAGCCCUGUUUGCUGGUGAGCUGAACCCUGUAGCCCCUAAAGCACAGAAAAAAGUCCCGGUUCCCGAGGGCUUGGACCUUGAUGCCUGGAUCAACGAACCUCCGUCAGACAGUGAGUCUGAGGACGAAAAGCCCAAAACGAUUUUCCACGAGGAGGAGCAAAGGCAUGCCAGACACAAGCAGCCAGAAAUAGAUGAAGAGGAGCUGGCCAGACGUCGAGAAGCCCGGAAACAAGAACAGGCAAACAACCCGUUUUAUAUUAAAAGCUCCCCUUCCCCACAGAAGCGAUACCAAGACACUCCAGGUGUGGAGCAUAUACCUGUUGUCCAGAUAGAUCUUUCUGUCCCCUUAAAAGUUCCAGGCAUGCCUAUGUCUGACCAGUAUGUGAAACUGGAAGAAGAGCGAAGGCAUAAACAGAAGCUGGAGAAAGACAAGAAAAAGAAGAAGCAGAAAAAGGAGAAGAGAGGUAAACAUCACCGCCAUAACUCCCUGCACACCGAGAGCGAGGAGGAUAUUGCCCCAGCUCAUCACGUUGAUAUCAUCACAGAAGAGAUGCCAGAGAAUGCAUUGCCCAGUGAUGAGGAUGAUAAAGAUCCAAAUGAUCCAUAUAAGGCACUUGAUAUCGAUCUGGAUAAACCCUUAGCAGACAGUGAGAAGCUGCCAGUGCAGAGACACAGAAAUGCUGAGAACCUGAAGUCACCGGACUCAGAAGCUCCUCUUGCAGAGAAGAAGAGCAAGAAACCCAAAAAGAAGGAAAAGAAACACAAAGAAAAAGAGAGAGAGAAGGGAAAGAAAAAAGAGAAAGAGAAAAAAGUAGUGGAGGAAGAAGAAGAAAAAAAGGGGGAAGACUUGGAUUUCUGGCUUUCUACUGCUCCACCACCUGCCUCCACCUCCCAACCACAGAGCGAGGCUGAAGCAAGUGCUGCUGUUGUGGCAGAACCUGAAGGAGUGAAAAAAGAAGAAAGGGCAGAACGAGAGGAAGAGGAGGAAGAAGAGGAUGAAGGAAAGAAGUCCUCCAAGCAUAAGAAGAAAAAGCACAAGAAAGAGAAAGAAGAUAAAUCCAAGGAUAAAAAGAAAUCCAAGAAGAAGCAUCAUCGCAGUGAGGAGGAGACAGCAGAGUCAGUUCAGAAUGGAACGCUAGAUGAUGAGCCACUACCACCUAUGUCCAGUUACCGACUUCUUGCUGAAAAUCCCUACAUUAAAAUGACCUAUGAUAUUCAGGGAAACCUGCAAAAUGACAGUCAAGUUACUGUUUCUGUUAUCCUUGAGAACAAAAGCACUAGCUUCCUGAAGAGCAUGGAACUAAAUGUCCUGGACUCUCUCAACACUAAAAUGCUCCGACCAGAAGGAUCAUCAGUACAUGAUGGGAUUCCUGUGCCCUUCCAGCUACCCCCUGGAAUCUCUAAUGAAGCCCAGUUUGUGUUUACGCUUCAGAGUAUUGUUGUGGCUCAGAAGUUAAAAGGAACACUGUCCUUUAUAGUGAAAAAUGAUGAAGGUUCAACCCAUGAAAAACUAGAUUUCAAAUUGCACUUCAGUUGCGCUUCAUACUUGAUCACGACGCCUUGCUAUAGUGAUGCUUUUGCCAAGCUCCUAGAGUCUGGGGACCUGCACAUGAGUUCUGUUAAAGUAGAUGGAAUUAGCAUUUCUUUCCAGCAUUUACUGGCAAAGAUCUGUUUUCAUCAUCAUUUUUCAGUUGUGGAACGCGUUGAUUCUUGUGCAUCCAUGUACAGUCGCUCUAUCCAAGGUCAUCACGUCUGCCUACUGGUAAAAAAGGGAGAAAACUCUGUAUCCAUAGAUGGCAAAUGCAGUGAUUCCACCCUGCUUAGCAACUUGUUGGAUGAGAUGAAAGAGACAUUGUCCAAUUGCUGAAUACUCCUUGCAGAAUACUCCAACUACAAGAAACACACCUAAUGUGUAAAGACAAGCAGACCCAAGUGUUAAGUUUCUCCCUCGUACGCAUGUACUAUCCUGGGGCACGUGCUUUUCAGUUAACUCCACCACUGUUUGCCGUUUAGACAUUUUAAGGCUGUAUGUUACCUUUUUAUUUCAAAACUUUUUACAAACCGUGGUGUUAACCCUUUCUAGCCCAAAGAGAUCCUGGUGACAUGACUGGAGGAGGGAGGGAGGGGUUGGUAUUUAUUCAGCAGCUCAUGAUGAUCCCUUAAACUUGCCAUCUCUGUGGAACUGUGGACGAAGCAGAAGUUUCUCAACAGUAGCACGGUUUGUUGCUUGUGCUUAUUACUGGGAAGGUUGACUCGAUCCCUAGCCAUGGAAUAUAUCUUCAGGGCUGCUGUAGUUGAUGUAUAUUUCUAGCAGAGGCUGGUGCUGGACCUGAAAGGCCUCUUUUUUUUAUUAUUAUUAUUAUAAUUAUUAUUGUUGUUAUCUCAAGCGCAGAAAGAAAGCUCCAUUGUGAUCAGCAUAUAAACAUCCUCCGUCUCCUAGUGCUAAUCUGAAUGAGCCUGGUGAGAAUUGGGAUGUUUUUGAGUUUCUCUUUAUAGUAGUUGCCUUGAGCCUUAACCUUCUUCUAGUGACAGUUGAAAGACUAGAGGGCAAGUGUGUAAAACACAGGCUGACGCCUUGCUGUUUGGC